AAUAUUCCCCCUUUCUUGCAGGUCGUCUCAUCUGUCCCACUGAACUUGGAUGGGAAGGCCGCUCCGGGUCAGGUUCCCACUGGGAGUGUUUGUUAUGAAAGAAAUGGAGAGGUUUUUUAUCUGACAUAUACUCCUGAUGAUGUGGAGGGGAAUGUCCCUUUGGAGACGGGCGACAAAGUCAGCUUUUACAUGGAGACAAACAAGCAUACUGGUGCAGUGAGUGCUCGCAAUAUUCAGCUUGUGAAGAAAAAGCAGGCGAGGUGCCAGGGUGUGGUAUGUGCUACAAAGGAGGCCUUUGGGUUCAUUGAGAGGGCAGAUGUGGUGAAGGAGAUCUUUUUUCACUACAGCGAGUUUAAGGGCGACCUGGAGGCUCUUCAGGCUGGAGAUGAUGUGGAGUUCACCAUCAAAGACAGAAACGGGAAGGAAGUAGCUACGGACGUGCGCCUGCUCCCUCAGGGGACCGUCAUCUUUGAAGACAUAAGCAUUGAGCAAUUCGAAGGCACUGUUGUUAAAGUUAUUCCCAAGGUUCCCACGAAAAACCAGAGUGACCCUCUGCCUGGCCGCAUCAGUACGAGGAUCGGUUUCUCUGAGAAGGAGCUUCCUUUUGGAGAGAAGGACACAAAGUCUAAGGUGACUCUUUUGGAGGGAGACCACAUUCAGUUUAACAUCUCCACUGACCGCAGAGACAAACUAGAGAGGGCUACAAACAUCGAAAUCCUCCCAGACACCUUCAACAUGACCAAGGAGACCCGUGAAAUGGGCGUGAUUGCAGCCAUACGCGACGGCUUCGGCUUCAUAAAGUGCGUGGAUCGAGAUGCCCGAAUGUUCUUCCACUUCAGCGAGGUCCUGGAGGAAAGCCAACUGCACAUCUCGGAUGAAGUGGAGUUCACUGUUGUGCCUGUAGGUUCUGUUAAGCUUUUCACAAAAGAUAUGCUGUCUGCUCAGAGAAACCAUGCAGUUCGCAUUAAGAAGCUUCCCAAAGGGACGGUGUCCUUCCACACCCAGUCUGAGCAGCGGUUUGUGGGCGUCGUGGAGAAGGAAGUCGUGUCGGCCUCCAACAAGAAUGCGAGCCCCAGCAAGGGAAAGGAGAAGAAAAAAGACAAGGAAGCUGAGGAGGGAGUGAUUGCCUAUGAAGACUGUGGUGUGAAGCUCACUGUGCCGUAUCAUGUUAAAGACCUGGAGGGAGGAACUUUCCCUCAAGCUGGAGAGAAGGUGGAGUUCUGCAUCAAUGAAGUGAAGCGAACGGGCCAUCAGAGCGCAGUUUCCAUCAGGGUUCUCAACCGCAACGCCUCCAGCUCCAGACGGCUGCACGGAUUUGUUGCUGCACUGAAGGAUAACUUUGGCUUCAUCGAGACAGCAAACCAUGACCAGGAAGUUUUCUUUCACUACAGUGAAAUGUGUGGGGAUGUGGAUAAUUUGGAGCUGGGUGACACGGUGGAAUAUACUCUCUCUAAGGGGAAAGGAAACAAAGUUAGUGCUGAAAAGGUUACCAAGGUGGCUGCAGUGAAUGGUACUGGUGACGAUGUUGGUGCGUCCGUGUUGGCGGGAAAAAUCAUCCGUCCCAUCCGCAGCGUGGAUCCCUCCCAGACUGAAUACCAAGGACUCAUUGAAGUGACUGAGGAAGGUGAAGACAAGGGGCAGAACUAUCCCUUUGGAAUCAUGGGGAUGACGAACAAGGCAGACUGCCUGCAGAAGGGGGAACAUGUUAAGUUCCAAGUUUGCACAGUCACCCAGACUGGCCAGAAGAUGGCAUGCAACGUUGUUCCUCAGCGCAGAGCUCCAGUGGAGUGCGUCAAGGACCAGUUUGGCUUCAUUACGUACGAGGUCGGAGAGAGCAAGAAGCUGUUCUUCCACGUGAAAGAAGUGCAGGAUGGCGUGGAGCUCCAGAUCGGAGAUGAGGUGGAGUUUUCAGUUGUCUUCAAUCAGCGCACUGGAAAAUGUAGUGCCUGCAAUGUACGCAGAGUUAGUGAGGGACCCAAACCGGUGGCCACUCCACGUCCCGACCGCCUGGUGAACCGAUUGAAGAGCAUCACUCUGGAUGACGCCAGCGCUCCUCGUCUGGUCAUCCUGCGGCAGCCUCGGGGUCCCGACAAUUCAAAGGUACACUGCACCUUUUCACUUUGCUACAACGCUCGUUGGAGUUUUCUUCAUUUCAGUUUGUUAGGGACAGUGCAUAUUAAUCUACAUUGCAAUGUAGAUUAAUAAUCAUAUUUACAG